AUGACGGACGCAGGUCUACCAGCAGGAUGGGAAGUCCGCACUUCGAAAUCUAAGAACAUUCCCUACUAUUUCAACGAAGCGCAGACGAUAUCAAGCUGGGAGCCUCCAGCAAACACUGAUACCGAAAAGCUGAAGGCAUAUAUGGCCGAGCAUUACAGCGCCUCGGAGAUUGGAGAUAAUGCCAAUGGCCAGGAAGAUCAAUCGGGAAAGAUUAGAGCCAGUCAUUUACUGGUGAAGCACAAGGGCAGUAGAAGGCCGAGCAGUUGGCGCGAGGCCGAAAUCACACGCACAAAGGAUGAAGCGAUGAGCAUCAUUCUUCAACAUGAAGCCCAUAUCCGUUCUGGAACAACAUCAUUGGGCGACCUUGCCGUUAGCGAAUCCGAUUGCAGCUCUGCCCGUAAAAUGGGGGAUCUUGGUUUCUUUGGACGGGGAGAUAUGCAGAAAGAGUUUGAGGAAGCAGCUUUCGCCUUAAAGCCAGGUGAAGUUAGUCAUGUGGUUGAAACUGCUUCUGGUUUGCAUUUGAUUGAAAGGUUGGUUGUAAAUUGUCAUCUUCCACGUUCUUUGCCGACUAAUCUUUGUUAG